CUACAUCUAAUUCUAUUGAGACCAGCUGGCCAUAGCAGGAAGAGAUGGAAUUAAAUUGGGUUGCAUUUACUUUAUGCAUAAGUCUGAUCCUGAUCAAAGGCGAAUCCUCUUUCGUAACUACAGCGACGAAAAAUGAAAUCGGCAAAGCAUCAGGGAUAGAGGAGGAACAAUGCGGAUCAUAUGCCUAUAAGGCCAUCAAACCACUGCUUAUCUACAUUGAAAUGAUGAGGACAAAAGUGGAGAACUAUGAUAAUAUAACAUCCAUUAAGAAUAUGGAAAUAGAAAAGCAACAAUUGAAGAUAUCCCAACUUGAAUUAGAAUUGAGAGAGCAGAUUAAUAAGGGAAUGAUCAGCAGUAAGGACAAUGAAUUAAAGCAGUUACAGCAAAAGUUGGACCAGAAGAAUGAAUGUGAAACUAGAAUUCAGGAACUGCGAAACUAUAAGGAUAGAACAGCAAGGCAGGACUCUGAAAUCAAGGAGUUGCAGAAGAAACUAGUUGAUCAAAAUGAAAAUGUCGCCAUCAUACAGGAAUUGAGAAAUCAGAUAGAUUUAUACAAGAAUAACAAUGACAAUUUGCAAUCAAUCAUGAGUGAAUUAAAGAAUUUGCAAUCAAUCAGGAAUGAAUUUAAAUAA